AUACCAAUUCUCUCUCAUUUCUUCUCCAACUCUCUAAUUCUUUCUUAAUUAUUCAAAAAAAAAUUCAUUUGAUUUAAUUCUGUUUUCCGAUCAGUUCGGACUUUUUCGGAUCGUCGUGAUUGUGGAUUUGUACGGGUACGUUAUCUCUCUGUUGUUUGAUUAUUGUGAAAAUUUGGUGUAUGAGUAAGUGAUGAUGAUGGAGACGUCGAAGAGUGGGAGAGCGGUGGCGAUGGAAUUUCCGGCGAGUGAAACGCCUUCGUUUUCGCGCGUGCCGAGGAGGAUUCGGAAGAGGCUUCUUUCGGAGUGCAAGACUCCUACUGUGGAAGAAAUCGAAGCCAAGCUUCGACACGCCGAUCUUCGUAGACAGCAAUUUAUUGAAAGUGUGUCAAGCAAGGCAAGAUCAAAGCCAAGAAGCCCUUCUCGAUCCUCAUCAAAUGAGGAAGACCUUGGUCAACGCCUUGAAGCAAGGCUCCAAGCUGCUGAGCAGAAAAGGUUGGACAUGCUGGCAAAGGCUCAGAUGCGCCUAGCCAAGUUGGAUGAGUUGCGGCAAGCAGCAAAAACUGGUGUAGAAAAGCGUGUUGAGAAGGAACGUGAGAAGCUUGGCACAAAGGUUGAAUCACGGUUCCAGCAGGCAGAGGAAAAUAGAAAGCUUAUUCUGAAGGCUUGCAGUCAGCGAAGGGCAACUCUAAAUGAGAGAUCAUCACAAUCAUUGUCACGGAGGAUGGUUAGAGAAAGCAAAUAUAAGGAGCGUGUGCGUGCAGCUAUUCAUCAAAAGCGUGUGGCUGCUGAGAAAAAGAGACUGUCCCUGCUGGAAGCAGAGAAGAAGAAAGCCCGUGCCAGGUUUCUGCAAGCUCGACGAGUGGCUAAGUUCAUCUCACAUCAACGUGAGGUUGAGAGGAGGAGAAUGAGGGAUCAGUUGGAAGACAGACUGCAAAGGGCAAGGAGACAAAGGGCAGAGUACUUGAGGCAGAAAGGAAGGACACAAAAAUCUCUUCAAGUGAAUUGUACCAGGAUGCAAGCUGAUAUGCUUUCUAGAAAACUAGCAAGGUGCUGGAGGUGGUUCCUAAGGCAGAAGAAAACUACUUUAGACUUGGCAAAAGCCUAUGAUUCCUUGAAAAUCAAUAAGACAUCGGUGAAGUCGAUGCCAUUUGAGCAAUUUGCCCUUCUAAUUGAAUCAUUGGCUACCCUUCAAACUGUGAAAGUCUUGCUUGAUCGUAUUGAGAGCCGCGUUAAGGCCUCUAGGGUUGGUGGUGCUGCCGAUCAGCUAUCCAGUUUGGAUAACAUUGAUCAUCUUCUCAAAAGAGUUGCUACUCCAAAGAGAAAGACCACUGCCAGGACUUCAAUGAGAAGCAGAGAGGGUAAGAGAGUUAUCUCAGUGAGGGAGUCUGCCAAAAGUCUUGCUAAAUCAUCAAGAUAUGCCGUCAGAGUCGUUCUUUGUGCAUACAUGAUAUUGGGCCAUCCCGAUGCGGUUUUAAGUGGUCAGGGGGAGAGAGAGGUUGCUUUGGCCAAGUCUGCAGAAGCAUUUGUUCAAGAGUUUGAGUUGUUGAUAAAGAUUAUUUUAGAGGGUCCUAUACAGAAUUCUGAUAAAGAAUCUCAAUGUGCUUUGCCCAGACGUUUGACCUUUAAGUCACAGCUCACAGCAUUUGACAAAGCAUGGUGCUCCUACCUGAAUUGCUUUGUGGUGUGGAAGGUUAAGGAUGCUCAGUUGUUGGAGGAGGACUUGGUAAGAGCAGCAUGCCAACUUGAACUCUCAAUGAUUCAAAAAUGCAAAUUGACUCCAGAAGGAGAUAAUACUGCUCUUACACAUGAUCUGAAGGCUAUUCAAAGACAGGUUAUGGAAGAUCAAAAACUUUUAAGGGAGAAAGUGCAACAUUUGAGUGGAUGUGAUGGGAUUGAAAGAAUGGAAAGUGCACUAUCUGAAACAAGGACUAAAUUUUUCCAAGCAAAGGAAAGUGGGAGCCCAAUGGGGUCUCCACUUACGUCCUUUAUAUCUCCAAACACCCAUGGUUCCCCUAGUUCUCCGACUGCUCAAACAGAUAAUAGAAGUGCUCGGACUCAGACACAAAACCGUGUUGUCCGCUCUCUGUUUAAGGAGGAUGGCACAUCCCCUUCUAAGUGUUCUUCUACGGAAAAGAAUACAGUCAAUGAGAAUGAAUUGAUUGUUAAUGAAUUCCUUCAUGGGCAAUGUGGGUUUGUUGAUAACUUCAGUGCCAUUGACGAAGAUAAAAAUAGCUUAAAGGCAAAGAUGAGAGAAAUAAUGGAGAAGGCUUUCUGGGACGGGAUCAUGGAAUCCAUGCGACAGGAUGAGCCUGAUUUUUACCGAGUUAUUGAGCUUGUGAGAGAAGUGAGGGAUGAAAUUUGUGAGCUGGCUCCUCGCUGUUGGAGAGAAGAAAUAACCGAUGCCAUCGAUUUAGAAAUUCUCUCUCAGGUGCUGAAGUCAGGCAAACUGGACAUUUCUUAUCUUGGAAGGAUUCUGGAAUUUGCAUUGAUCACUUUACAGAAGCUCUCCUCUCCAGCCAAUGAUGAUGAAAUCAAGGCUGCUAACCAGAGGUUAUUGAAAGAGUUAGCCGAGAUAUGUGAAGCCAGAGAGACCUCUGACAACUCUCCUUCCCUUGCAAUGAUUAAGGGUCUACGUUUUGUCCUAGAGCAGAUUCAGGUUCUUAAGAGAGAUAUGAGCAAAGCUCGUAUAAGAUUGAUGGAGCCAUUGUUAAAGGGACCUGCUGCUUUGGAUUACCUUACAGAAGGUUUCACUAACCGUUACGGGCCACCUUCUGAUGCGAACUCAUCUUUACCACUGACCGUGCAGUGGCUUUCAUCUGUCUGGAACUGCAAAGAUCUGGAGUGGGGAGAACACCAAAAUUCUCUGUCAACUUUGAAGGCAAAAGAUACUUCAUCUCAGGAGCUUUUUACUUCCAUCACGCUUAAAACCGGUGGAAACUAUAAUUCGGGAAAUUCAAGCCGAACUACAUUUGUCAACCCUAGUGCUUCUAAUGUUACAGGCCAUGAACAACCAGAAUGCAAGGGAGAGACAGUUGAUGUACUGGUUAGGCUCGGUUUGCUAAAGUUAGCGAGCGGAGUUUCCGGUCUAACACCGGAUGCUUUGCCAGAAACCUUCACACUUAACUUCUCUAGAUUGCGGGGCGUACAGGCUGAGAUUCAAAAGAUCAUUGUAAUAUCCACAAGCAUUCUUAUUUUUAGGCAUAUCCUCUCGAGCGACCAAGUAGUGGCUAGCUCUGAUGACAUGGAAAGAAUAACAUCAAAUUGUGCCAAACGGCUUUCGGAAUUCUUAGACCGUGUCGAAGAUGCGGGAAUCGAAGGGAUUGUUGAAACAAUCAGUAGUGACAAAGUAACAGACGACACGAGGAAGGCUAUGAUGGCCAGGAUGCUAGCAAAGAGCUUGCAAGCCGGGGAUCCAGUGUUCGAAAAGGUGUCCGGUGCUGUUUAUUUAGCUUUUAGAGGGAUUCUGCUCGGAGGGAGUGGUACCCAUGGUAGACAGUUAGCAGGAAUGGCCCUCCAUAGAAUCGGAGCUGGUUCUUUAACCAAAAGGGUCGUGAAAGAAGCCGAGGUGUUGGUGGCUGCAGCCACGGUGUCCACCCGCGUCCACGGGCAAUGGUAUGCGACCUUGAUUGGUAACAUGUGAUUUGUGAACAUAAUGGUAGUUUGUGUAAUGUGAAUAAUGUGUGAAAAAAGAGAGGCUACAUUUAAUGCUACUGAUGAACAUAUUAUAUGGUCAGAUGGAUUUAUUUUAGUUGUAUAUGGUCGUUCUAAU